CGCGAAUCGAUCGAACUGCGCAUGCGUAGCCCGGUGUCAUUAGCUUAGCUUAGCUUAGCAUUAGCUUAGCUUAUCAUAGCAUUGCCUCAGAGAAGCACAGUAACCGGGACUGUGCUGCUGUGCUGUUUAGCUACAUGCUAUAUUUCGAAGAGAUUUGCGUUUGUUUUAAGUGGAUACACGUCGUAAACAAUGAGGAAGGACGUCAGGAUAUUAUUAGUCGGGGAACCUAAAGUUGGGAAGACGUCACUGAUCAUGUCACUGGUUAGUGAGGAAUUCCCUGAUGAGGUACCGUUGCGUGCCGAGGAGAUCACCAUUCCUGCUGACGUCACCCCUGAGAGAGUUCCGACACACAUCGUGGACUACUCUGAAGCAGAACAGUCGGACGAACAGCUAUACCAAGAAAUAUCUAAGGCAAACGUCAUAUGCAUAGUGUACUCUGUAAACAACAAAAAGACUAUUGAGAAGGUAACGAGCCACUGGAUUCCUCUCAUUAACGACAGAACAGACAAGGACAGCAGAGUUCCCCUUAUUCUUGUGGGGAAUAAGUCAGACCUGGUGGACCACAGCAGCAUGGAGACCAUUCUGCCCAUCAUGAAUCAGUACUCAGAAAUUGAGACCUGUGUUGAGUGUUCUGCAAAAAACCUGAAGAAUAUCUCGGAGUUGUUCUACUAUGCCCAGAAGGCCGUUUUGCACCCUACAGGCCCCCUUUAUUGUCCAGAGGACAAGGAGAUGAAGCCUUCUUGCAUCAAAGCUCUUACGCGUAUCUUCAAAAUAUCUGACCUGGACAACGAUGGGAUUCUCAAUGACCAUGAGCUGAAUUUCUUCCAAAGAACCUGUUUUAACAUGCCACUUGCUCCUCAAGCGCUGGAGGACGUGAAAAACGUUGUGCGACGAAACAUGACCGAUGGCAUUAGAGACAACGGCCUCACUCUUAAAGGCUUCUUGUUCCUACACACUCUGUUUAUACAGAGAGGGAGGCAUGAGACAACAUGGACUGUGCUCCGAAGGUUUGGCUAUGAUGAUGACCUGGAGCUCACCCAGGAAUACCUGUUUCCUCUGAUAAAAAUUCCCCCGAACUGCACCACAGAGCUGAACCACAAUGCGUACCUCUUCCUGCAGAGUGUGUUUGACAAGCACGACAAGGAUCGAGACUGUUCGUUGUCUCCUGAUGAGUUGAAAGAUCUGUUUAAAGUCUUCCCUUACAUGCCCUGGGGCCCUGAUGUCAACAAUACAGUGUACACCAACGAUAAGGGCUGGAUUACCUACCAGGGCUACUUGUCACAGUGGACGCUGACAACAUACUUGGAUGUACAGCGCUGCUUGGAAUACUUGGGUUAUCUUGGUUACUCUAUCAUUCAUGAACAGGACUCACAGGCUGCUGCCAUCACAAUCACCAGGAACAAGCACAUUGACCUGCAGAAGAAGCAAACCCAGCGCAGUGUGUUCCGGUGUAAUGUCCUGGGAGCACGUGGUAGUGGCAAGAGUGGCUUCCUGCAAGCCUUUCUGGGCAGGAACUUAACUAGGCAAAAGCAAAUUAGGGAGGACCACAAAUCCUACUAUGCCAUCAGCACCACAUAUGUUUAUGGACAGGAGAAGUACUUGCUACUGCACGAGGUUCUCCCAGACUUUGAGUUCCUCUCUGAAGCUGAUCUGGCCUGCGACGUUGUCUGUCUAGUGUAUGACCUCAGUAAUCCACGCUCUUUUGAAUACUGCGCAAAGGUUUAUAAGAAAUACUUCAUGGACAGUAAAACUCCAUGUAUGAUAAUCACCGCUAAGUCAGACUUGCACGAGGUUCGCCAACAAUACAGCACAUCUCCUCUAGACUUCUGCAGGAGACACAAGCUGCACCCGCCACAGCAGUUCACCUGUAACACAGCUGAAGCGCCCAGCAGAGACAUCUACACCAAACUGACCACCAUGGCCAUGUAUCCCCACGCCAAGCUCCGGUGCAUGUGUGCCUGCAACAGGUGCACUUUUUGCAUCAGUCAGAACCUGCUGAACAGUGAGCUCCUGCGUUCGGUCAGGGCCAAAGUCUACAGUGUCAUUGUGAACAGACACAUGACCCAGGCUGACCUGAAGAACUCUACAUUCUGGCUGAGAGCCAGCGUUGGAGCCACAGUAUUUGCAGUGUUAGGCUUCGCCAUGUAUAAAGCUCUUCUCAAGCAACGGUGAUCAGUUACAGGCAGCAUGCGACUGCAAUCCUUUAAUCAGUGGAAAAACUCUUCCUCUCCUUCCCUCCAACCCAGUCAUCCUCCUUUAAGAGAAAGCUAGUAGUAUCAUGAUGGCUAGCAAUAUUUUAUAUAUUGGAACCUUCAUACAUUCAUGCAACCAUUUUCUUUUCUCUUCUGGAGUUUUGAUUUCAACCUGUGCUCAAAUGUCGUGUGUCAGCCACGGUUGAACUCUACAGACGGUCCUUUCCGUACCCGGACCGGUUUUAAAUGACAUAAAUUUUUCCUCAGAUCAGUAUUAGUAGGUGCAUCACUUAUCAGAUAGCCUAUGCAGAGGCAUGAGAGGAUGGAACUCUUUGUUUAUAAAUGUAAAUAUUACUGAGGAAUACCUACAGCUUAGCGAACAAAAGGCAGUAAAGAGCUCGUAUGCACACCCAUAACGGGAGAUGCACAAAAACAAAGCCAUUUCUUACUUCUAUAGGUCAUUAGCUUUGUGCACGAUUCAGCUGUAAUAAUUUAUUAAUGUCAUGUUCGUCAGUUAAAAUGUUUUGUUUGACCUCGCAUGCAGCAGGUACUAUACAAGGGAUUUUUUUUAUUCUAUGGUUUUGUUUUUAUAUUUAUGAUUUAUUUGUUUGCCUUUGGCCCCCACAGACACACUACUGCAGUGAAAGCUGGCUAUAAGCUUCAGCGCAAUGUUGACAAGAUCACAAGAAAGAUCCCAGAGUGUAGAUUCUGUGGUCAGGUUAAUGGGAAAUGGUCUCUAUGAGAACUCUGUUGAUAGGUUCCACAUUAAAUAUUUAAUAUGAUCUAUAUUAUUAAAUAACUACUACUUCCACCACUGCACCUAUUUUGUUUUAUUACUAACACAUUGUAUGAUUCAGUUCAAAACCAUAAAGCUGUUGUACUCAUUUCUGACCUUUCAAACAUUUACAAUAAACUGUGUGAUUAUA